GGACAGAGAGAGGGGGAGAGAGAGAGACGCGUCACUGAUGGGUAUAUUAUCUUCCUCCCGUUGCCUCUCGGGUCGCCUACUCAACGAAGAUGUGGUUGGUUGUCAAACCCAAUUAAUUAUCCGUUACUACCCAUUACCGACUACCGCUGGAUGUUCUGCUCGCGGUGACCUUGUAUCUCUCUGACGCUGAGAACAUUCUCAAUAUUGUAUUUUCUUUUCCGACCGUUUUAGUCUGCCUGUCUCCAGUCUGUAGUCUGUCUCCAUCUCCAUGGCUACCUCGAAUGUGCUGGAGGAGUCCUGCCUGCUGCAGAGAGGCAGAUCUCACAGCGACCCGAGCAGCAUCAUCGCGGAACCUCGUGCCGCCGGAGCUACCGGAGCACAGCAUACUGCAGCAGUGAUGGAGCAGCAGCAGGGUGCUCCAGGGGGUGUGGUCUCGGGGGUGCGGACCCCUCCCGUCAGGAUGAACAGUAAACUGGCCAGUCUGGGACGGAUCUUUAGACCCUGGAAGUGGAGGAAAAAGAAACAGCAGAACUCCUCAGCUGUAGAGAGAAAGGCAGCGGUACCACAGACCCUAGACCAACUGGUUAGGAGGGGCCUGGAGACCCCAGACCAACUGGUUAGGAGGGGCCUGGAGGGGACUGAGCCAGAGUGUUGUGAGGCGUGUGGGGGGGUGGAGAACCCUCCCAGCCAAUCAGAUGCAGAGGAGGAGGAACCUCUGGCUCCCCUGGCAACCACCUCAGAGGACCUGGUCAGCGACGAAGACAACCCCUCUACAGUGGUGGACCUGACAGAGGAUAUUGUGAUGGUGGCCGUCCCCAGCCAGAGUGAGGAGGGAGGAGAGGAGGAUGCGUCCCUCUGUGAGUCCUGUGUGGACAACUCUCUGGGACAGGCUGAGACAGGAGGGGGACAGGAGACACCCCGCCCAAUGGACCCCCCACCCUGCCGGGCCGGCACCCCGCCACCCCCCAACCGGCCCAAACUACUGACCAGGCUGGGCAGUCUAGAGGGUCCUCACCCUUUCCCUAAGUCUAACCCAGAGAGGAAGAAGUCUCCGGCCACUUUCCCCCGGAACUUCACUCUGCCCAGAACCUCUCCGGAUUCCUUGCUGAGAGGACGGAUCACCACGCCUACUGGCUCUCCUCACCUGGGGAUGCUGCACCCCCCACCACCACCCAGCUGCAUCAUUGAGGAACUCCAUCGCGCCCUGGCCACCAAACACAGACAGCACAGUUUCCAACCAAAGGAGAUACACUCUCUCCGAAGCGUCGAACCGACGGUCGUCUGUUGCAUAGCGUGGAGAAAGAGCUGUUCGGAGCCUCGGAGAGAGAGAAGAGAGAGAGAAAGAGCUGUUCGGAGCCUCGGAGAGAAGAGAGGAGAGAGAGAAAGAGAGAGACAAGGAGAGAGAGAGAGAGUCAGAUGAGAACAAGGAGAACAGACGUCUAGACGAUCCUGAACGCUGGAACGACUCCGUCAUCUCCGGCACCUUGCCACGGCGGAUGCGUAAGGAGUUGUUAACAGUGAAGCUUCGUAACCGGCCAGUCAGCAGGAGCUGGAGG